AUAACUAGACUGUUAAAAGAGAACCAAUACCACUAAAAAGAUACAUACUUGGCACAAUUCAUCUGUGAAAAGCUCAAACGCCUUCCAUCAAUUACACUGAAGACUAGCUCACCGAGUCAGCUCCACAAUAUCUUCCAUGGAACUCCUAAGGAUUCUCUCUCCCUUCUUGUCCCAGCUUCUUCUAAUUCUUUUACCCCAAGUUUCAUUCGCAGAGUUCAACACCUUGCCACUAAAAGAAGCCACAUUGGCCGAUCUCCAACUGGGUUUCAAGCAAAACACGCUCACUUCCAGACAACUCGUGGAGUUCUAUCUGGGACAAAUACAGAGGCUAAACCCACACCUUAAUGCGGUCACAGAAGUGAACCCAGAUGCACUUUACGAAGCCGAUAAGGCUGACCAUGAGCGCAGGGCUAAGGCACCGGUUUCCAACUCGAUGUUGCAUGGUAUUCCUAUUUUGCUCAAGGAUAACAUUGCCACCAAAGAUAAGUUGAAUACCACGGCUGGCUCUUUCGCAUUGUUGGGCUCCAUUGUGCCUCGUGAUUCCGGAGUUGCGACCAAACUGAGGAAAGCCGGAGCUAUCAUAUUGGGAAAGGCCAGCAUGACCGAGUGGGCUGCUUUUAAGUCCAACAAUGCACCUAAUGGUUGGAGCGCCAGAGGUGGCCAAGGAGUGAAUCCGUAUAAUUCAUCUGUGACGCCAUGUGGGUCGAGCAGCGGAUCCGGCAUAGCAGUAGCUGCAAACAUGGCAGCGGUGACUCUAGGUACUGAUACAUCCGGCUCCAUUUUAUGUCCAUCCAGCUUUAACGCAGCUGUGGGAAUCAGACCAACAGUUGGUCUCACUAGUCGAGCUGGGGUUGUUCCCAUCUCUUCAAGACAGGACACCAUUGGACCCAUUUGUAGGACAGUGACAGAUGCGGUUCAUGUUCUUGAUGCAAUUGCUGGCAUUGACCACGAUGACAUUGCAACAAUCGAGACGUCCAAGUACAUUCCCAAAGGUGGCUAUGCGCAAUUUCUCAAAAGAGAUGGACUCAAGGGGAAGAGAAUAGGAAUAGCGAGAGGCUUCUUCGAUUUUGGUGACGCACUUUUCUUACUCAAACAUUUGAGCAACAUUUCAAGACACAUUCUAAUUUUUAGGCAAGGAGGUGCAGUUUUGGUAGACCAUCUGAAAAUAACCAAUGCUCUUGAAAUUUUUGGAAAUUCGAGCGGUGAACGAACUGCAUUGGAGAUUGAGUUCAAAAUAUACUUAAAUGCAUACCUAAAGGAGCUGGUUAGUUCCCCAGUCAGAUCCUUAGCAGAUGUUAUUGCCUUCAACAACAAAAACUCCAAAUUGGAGAAGAUCAAGGAAUAUGGGCAAGACAUACUAACAAGUUCACAGGCAACAAAGGGCAUUGGAAACGAAUGGAAAGCUGCAGUGUCCAACUUAGGAAGACUCUCAAAAAAUGGGUUCGAGAAGUUGAUGAAAAAGAAUAAGCUAGAUGCUUUGGUGACUGCUGGAGAGAUUGUUAGUUCCGUGUUGGCAAUUGGGGGCUUUCCAGGUAUAAUAGUCCCAGCAGGAUACGAAGAUGGGGUCCCAAUUGGCAUUUGCUUUGGGGGACUAAGGGGUGCAGAGCCAAAACUUAUUGAAAUUGCAUAUGCCUUCGAGCAAGCAACUAAAAUUAGGAAUCCUCCUCCAUUGAAUUUUUAAAAACAUGUAGUUGUUACGACAUAUAAUAUGGGAUGUAUCUAACGUUGUAUGCCCAGCCUUUUUUUUUUUUUCCCUUACUUCGCUUCAAUUAAUUUAUUGUUCAUGUUGAUCUAA